UCCCCCAACGAGUGCUCCUGGAUCUUGACCGAUCGAAGCUCCCUCCGCCUUUUGCCUUGCCACUGGCAAGUGGUUUCGCUCCCUGCCUCUCAUCCCUACCCCCCUGUCGCAGCCUGUCCUGAUCCUCUCUCUGUCUUCCUUUCCUGUCCCGCGAUAGAUUAACUCCACCUUUUCUCAUCCUUGGACUGGCAGCGACCAAUGAGAACGACGUAACGGCAUCCCGAUAGCCUCCCACACACCCACCCCAGCCAUCCCCAUGGCGCGACGUUACCAGAUCGAUGAGCUGCUAUGGCUGCGCUCAUCGCCUCUGGCUACAAGGCCUGCCAAUCUACCGGCAAAUGAAGAAUGGAUGGGCCCAAUCCCUGACCCAGCUACCCAACGAAAAACAACCAACCCUCGAGACCCCAAUAACCCACAUGAGACGACGCCUAGAAGGCCCAGCAUCUUCGAAACUCGUCAUAUAUCCCGUGGAUCGGCUUCAGAGGACAUCAUUCUCGGACCCCCCAAGACCGCUUUUGCUUCGGCCUCUCGCAUACCCGGUAAAGGAUCGAUAGAUGCCACAGAACGAUCGUCCAGGCCAAACGAUCAGGACGAUUCGAAGAAUGACCGAUUCAACUUGCGGGAGAAGUUCUUCAAAGAGCGGGAGUCUGGUGAUCGUGACUUUGACCGACGAGAUGCUAAGCUAGGAACAUUUAACAACCGGCGUGGGGACCGAGAAGACUGGAACAGCGGACGCCCCCGUCGCACUUUCGGCCAAGAAGAGCAAGAAAGAAAGCCCAGACGCAACGGAGAGUUCGAUCGGUGGGAAGCAACCCGCGAUCAGCGUGACCCCAACAACAAUGACCGGGGCGCGAGAGAUAAGGAUGCGCGAUUCUUCCCGCGGAAGGAUGGCACACCCGGACGUGCGAGACAUGAGGGAAGUUGGUUCCGUGAUGAUAAUGUUCACGAUGCGCCUGAGGCGGACGAGGAGAAGACUCCGGUACGAAACCGAGAAUGGCGCCGAGAUCGGCACGGUGCAGAUCGUGACUGGACUCGGGGAGCCAAGUUUGAACAGGAUCCCGAGUGGUUGGACUCGACCGAUAAAGAUGAGCCCCGGCGGGUGCACACACAAGAAGACUUUGAGCGCUGGAAAGAAAGAAUGAAGGCUGGCUCUUCCCAGGCUCAGACCGAGGAAAAGGAAGUUCCCGUGGAGACAGCCGCUGUACCUGCGCAGAAGCCAGAGCCUCGGCCUACCGAUGGUGAGAUAUUCAGCAGCAAUGGCACCCCGUUUGCGUCGGAUUCUGCCAUGGAGCGCUUCUUCGGAUUGCUCGGGGACUCCAAGCCACCCCCGCCCCCUCAGGUGCCCCAGGUGCCCCAGGAGGUCAGCGCUCCUCCUAUGGUGGAACCGACGAUCAAGAAAGAACAGCUUCCGGGAAAACCUGGGAAGUCCUCGCGCUUUGCUGGUCUAUUCUCACCACCCCCCGGAAGCCCUGCCAAGGAACCGGAAUAUCAAUAUCAACCGGAGACGAAGUCAUCGCCUUCCAUCCACGCUGUCAAUACCGACGCGGAUCAGGAAGGGUUCCAACGUAUCCUGCAGAUGCUUGGUGGAGGAAGGUCGCGCAACGCUACGCCCCACAAUGAUCCUAUGCCAACCAACCGACCUCCUUCUCAGGUGCAAGCAGAACAAAUCCGGAGCGCCGUGUCAUCCCCGGCCCGAGAUCAAAUCAAGCGGCAGGAGUACUUGGCCAUGCAGGAGACAGUUUCCCGGACCGCUGCCGGCCCUCCCUUCAAGGAAAACCCGUACAUUCAGGAAACCCAGGCUCGAGACAGGGAACAUCUCCUGCGACUGAUGCAGCAGGUUCGAGUUACUCCUGUUGCCAACCCAGGUAUCCAAAGCCAGCCACAGAGCGCUGGCCCUGUUGGCCCGGCUCCCAGUUUAUUGAGCAUGCCAGAAGUGCUGUCUCCCCCUCCAGGCAUCCCCUCUGCUCAAAAGGGCCCCAACUUCCUGGAUGACCCAGCGAUUGCCAACAUGCAGAGACCUGACGCCGAUCAUCUUCGUCGCAGGCCCGCAAAUGGACCGCCCAUGGGAUAUUUCGAAGAUAUGCCGUUUCCCCAGGGCAGCCACCUCCCCAUUACGCCCGGCGGAACCAGGGGUCCUCAGGGUCAAGCCCACCCUGCCAUGGCUAUGCAGAGACCUCCAGGCUUCGAGCACAUGCCUCCUCCCGGAUGGCCAGGCCCCCAACUUCCACCACAGCAAGCUGCUGGACCGGGGCCUUUGGCUCCUCCCCCGGGUAUUCCGACACCUACGCGCGGGGUCAACCCAAGCUAUAUGUCGAACAUGAUGCCCAUGCAUGCUACUGCCCCACCCCUCGGCGAGCGCGAACCCUUCCCACGUCCUCCCCCUCCCGGCAUGAUGCCUCCUCCGGGCUACAUGAACGGCCCUCCGCCAUCUGGCUUCCCACCCAUGCCACCCAACGGAGAAGCUCUUAUGGGGCUUGCUCACCGUGGACAGGGUCCCUUCGAUGGCAACCCCGGACCACAAGUGCCUCCCCCUUCUUCCCGGCACCUGUUGGAUAUGUUCGGCCAGGUUGGCGGUGACGCCAGAGGCGGCAUGAUCGGGCCUGGACAGUUCCGGUAGGGAGGGAGCCAGUGCGGGGUGGUUAGUACAGGAUCCUGGGAAAGAAGACGACCUGAGGAGAAUGCAGCAGCAGAUGAAAUAAUUCUUUGAUCUUCUCCUACUUAUGUCUUUGUUACGCCCGAUCAAUACACCUUCUAAUCUUCUUGUAUCUGGUUCAUCUACUCGUGAUUGUUUGGUGCAUGACAAAGGCAGGGUUGAUGAAUUCCUGGACAGGCCUGGCCAUCGGCAGUGGCUAUGGCAGAUUGAGGAGACUGGAUCACAGCCAGGUUGAAAUGGAACUGGAUGUACAACAACCCCGGGGGAUUGGAUAAAGGAGAGCAAUGGGCAGAUCGAGGAUCUCCGGAUAUUGAUCUCCCGUCAUGAUGAUGGCAGCAUGAGUACCUAGCUUGUC